UACGGUUUCCAAAUGUGGCCAAUGACGAAGGGCGCUACAUCCAAACGGUUGCUGUUCGAGGAAGUUUGUAGACAGCUUUGCGGUGUUGAAGACCAUCCCAAGAAGACCUUUAAACUGUCGUAAUGGACUCCUCUCCAGUUCUUCGUGCGCAAAGUCACAACAAAAUCCGCACUGACUGUUUGAGGAUAAAAAGUGAAAAUAACAAAAUGCCAGUGGACCAUAAGAAUUUGAAACCUGUGCCAGCACUGCACCUUCCUAACAAAGAAUCCGAGAACCAAGAUCCAGCAUGCUUAAAAAGGAGCAGACUUCCUGUGCUUGUCAAGUCCCUCCGACCUUCAGCAUCUGACUUCACUCAGUGGGAGGAAGAAGCUUUGACUGGUAAAGCUAAGAAGAAAAAGCCAUACUCUCGGCCAAUGCCUUUCGACAGGUCGCAGAAAAAGAAAGCAGUCGUUGAAGCUUUACAGCCAAGGAGUUUUCUACAAUCAAGAAGAGGCCCACAUGAAAACAAUGUUCUUGUGAAAACCCAAGAUAUAACUGCCAAGCCCUCUGAAUGUCCAGCUGGGUUAAAAAGCACCGUAGACUCAAACAAGGGGAAGCUGGACUGCCAUGGAAUGGCAAGGCUUGCAGCAGGACAGUGUGGGCAUUCUGACACUUUUAGGACUAACAAUGUUGCACAUCAAAGCAGUUUUUUAGACAGUGUGGAAGUCUGCUUAGACCAUAUGACUCAUCUCAGUCUCAAAGAGCCAACCAAAUUAUGCUAUUCAAGCCAGAACGUGCAGGAUAACCUUUCCAACGACCCAUCUGACAAAGCUGAGGAAUUCCAGCCUGACCACAAUGCUUUGCUAAGCAUCCUGUGUAAUGAGGGCGUGCACAUGCAGCACCAGCAAGUUUCUAUUGCAAAGAAAUAUCAUAAAGCUCCACCCACCACAGUGAAGUCGGUGGCCUUCUCCGCUGACCCCGGUGCCCUGAGAAGCAUCCUACAGAACAAAGGGGUGAAGGCUCAAGGGCCCUUGCGUGGCACACCUCAGAACUCAUCCAGCAGACACACCUCUAUCUACACAGCUCAAAGAGUUCCAGUUAGAAAACAUCUUACAGAGACACCAAAAGGAGCAAUAAGAGAGAAUAUCGGGACACCACAGAGACUUCCCAACACCAGACAUCAGCCUGUAUCUGCCAUGAAAUUUAACACACCUAUGACUCCCUGGCUGAGAGACUGUAACACCAAAACCCCCCACCGGGAGGUACAAAGAGUUCCAGUUAGAAAGAAUCUGACAGAGACAGCCAAGGGUGCAACGACAGGGAGACCACGAAGAAUUCACAGUACCAAACGUCAGCCUAUGUCUGCCAUGAAAUUCAACACACCCAUCACUCCCAGGCUGAUGGAGUCUAACAGCAAAACCCCCCACCGGGAGGAUAUUGUUCAAAGAUUAUUUGAUGACCAAGAGGAUGGGCAAAGUGCCACCAAAGAUGGCAUGCAGAAAGCACAUUACCCAGUUGAUGCUUCACCUAUUCAAACCCAUUGUGAAGAAAAAAACGCGACCAAUAACAUCUGUAACAAUGAAGAGGAGGCUAAGCCAUUUAUGCCAGCACUGCCAAGAGAGUCGGUUAUCUUUUAUUCAACUGGCAAAAAAAUGGUCCGAACUGCACAUUUUGAACAGCAGGACAGUUCGGUCCAUCAGGAGCGACAUGGUCCGGCUACAUCAGAACUGGGAAAAGUGUGUGACCCCAUUCGUAAGGUCAACCCAGUUGGUCACGUUGUGCACAGAGACCAGAAGACCUGUGUGACAAACACGGCUGUCUCGUUGCUGCGUAAGCGUCUUCCUCCCGUCGAGGAGCUGCGUUUGGACGAGGAGGUUUCUAUCUAUACCUCUUUUUCCGUCUCAGACGAUCAUGCAUUCCCCCAUCCGCGACCCCGCUGCGGAAAUCCGGUGGCGUUCCUUUUGUACUUUGAAGAAUCUACUAGAUUUGUUCCACUGAACUUUGAAGCUUCUCUUUGAUGCCUGCCACUUUUAUACAAGUGAAUGGUUCAAGCAUAAAGCGUUGUUUUUUUUAACUACUGUUUAACCCCAGGAUCUCAAACUUCGCCCCUUGGUUGUCCUAAUGUGACUAAUUUAUGUGUCUUUAAUUUUGGCCCACUAACUCCGCUUCACACAAUGUUGCUUGUGCUGUAUGCACAUGCACCCUUCUACACUUUUAACUGCUUUCAAUGUGUGCAGGACCUGAAUGAAGACACUACAGUAUUUACAGUUUUUGUUCCUAUGUGUUGCAUGUACUCAUGCAAAGGACUGGUGAUUUUCCAACCUGUCAUUUUUGUGUACAGUACAUCUGUGCCUGAGGACCUUUUUAGACACAAGAGCAAUAGCAAUAUAAUGAAUUUUAUGUUGAAUAAAUUUGUGUCUUGUCUCACUGUCA